AUGAAGUUCACUUUGGCAACCGCCUCUAUCCUCUUCUUGAGCCUCACCUCCGCUCUUCCGGCCGAGGACAUUGUGAAUCUUGAGGAACGUGCGGAGCCUUCUAACGCGCCCAUUGAUUGGGAUGGCCCCAAUGCCUCCGCGUCCAUCAAGUGCGGCAAGAACACUUAUGACGGCCACGAUGUUUACCUUGCCACGCAACAUGCCGUGAACCUGGGCUUGCUGAGCCCCCCGGAAACGCGAGGCGCGAAGAGCUACCCGCACCCGUUUGAUAACAAUGACAGCAAGGGUGUGCAGCUGCACUUCCCUGAUCACUGCCCAGAGCACGACCAGAAUCGGAAGGAGUACCCGUUGGUCAAUAACGGGCCUUACAACGGUGGCAAGAACAAUAAGAAGUACGGGGAUGAGCGCGUCGUGUUUUACUACGAUGGUAAGGCGCAAGGUGUUGAUGGUCACCCGUUGGUCUACUACUGUGGCUUGAUUACCCAUGAGGGUGCGGCAACGGGCGGUUUUGUGCAAUGCCCUGAUGGAAAAUAA